GGAAUCUGAAAUUUCAUUCUAUUUUGCUCAGUAGAUAAGAAAAAGGGGCUACCGACUUUGUAGCAACCACGAUAAUUGCACAUGAUAGAUCAACUUGGCCCCUUUCCGAAUUCCCCAAGAAUAUCCGAGUUGCCGCCCCCGGCUUUGGUCAGGUGCCUGAAAGAACCCCCAUUUUUGCCUCCCACGCGGACAAUCAAAGGAAUGGCGUAUGACGACUUAGCCAAGGACACUUACCCCGGGAUGUUAUCACGGUAGAUGGAUGCGACGGAGAAAUCGUGCCCUGGCAUUG